UCCUGGCCCUCCGCGCGGGUGGGCUCGGAGCAGGCCGCACGGGGCAGCAGCAUCACUCCCACCUGGAGGCUCCCUGCCCUGUUCCCCUCUUACCCACCCACACCCGGCCCAUGGUGCGAGGCUGGGAGCCGCCGCCCGGGCUGGACCGCGCUGUCUCUGAAGGGCACAAAUCAGACCGCACCAUGCCUCCUAAUAAAGAGGCCAGCAGUGUUACUAGCUCACCAGCAGGGCUCAUCUGCCUUCCUCCAAUUUCUGAGGAGCUACAGCUUGUGUGGACCCAAGCAGCCCAGACCAGUGAGCUAGACAGCAAUGAACACCUGCUACAAACCUUCAGCUACUUUCCCUAUCCCAGCCUAGCAGACAUUGCCCUUCUCUGCCUACGUUAUGGGCUACAGAUGGAGAAAGUCAAGACUUGGUUCAUGGCCCAGCGCCUCCGCUGUGGCAUUAGCUGGUCAUCUGAAGAAAUAGAAGAGACUCGAGCACGAGUGGUAUACCAUCGGGACCAACUCCACUUCAAAUCCCUUCUCUCUUUUACUCAUCAUGCAGGGCGGCCACCAGAGGAGGUGCCACCUUCUCCAGUGCCACCUCCAGAACCAGUUGAUCUUGGAAUAGGCCCUCUGACUUUUAGAGAGCCCCCCCAGAUAAAAGGAUUGAAGGUAGAACCUGAGGAGUUCUCUCAUAUAUCAGCACUGCCACUGAGUCACCAGAAAGCAAAGGAGUCCCUUUUGACACCUGGCAGUGGAACAUUCUCCCAAUCAGAUUUUUGGCAGGAUCUUCAAAGCAGUGGUCUCUCUAAGGAACUGGCAGGCAGUGGUCCUGACCACUCACAUGGUGUAGGUACUCUGGAUAAGCCCCCAUCAAUCUCAUUACUUGCCAGUAGUUGUAAGGAGGAGUCAGCACCUAGUAUGACUCCUUCUUCCUCCUCUACCUCCUCUUCUUUCCGGGUACUGGCUAAUGGAGCUACUGCCACCUCUAAACCCCUCCAGUCACUAGGCUGUAUCCCACAGUCACUCUCACCCAAGGAACAGGCACUACCCCCACAUCUGGAGCCAGCCUGGCCUCAAGGGCUACGGCAUAACUCAGUACCAGGUAGGGUUGGCUCCACAGACUACCUUUCCCCAGAUAUGCAACGCCAGAGAAAGACUAAGCGUAAAACCAAAGAGCAGCUGGCUAUUCUCAAAUCCUUUUUUCUACAGUGCCAAUGGGCACGGCGUGAGGAUUACCAUAAAUUGGAACAGAUCACUGGUUUACCUCGGCCUGAGAUCAUUCAGUGGUUUGGUGACACACGCUAUGCUUUGAAGCAUGGGCAACUAAAAUGGUUUCGGGACAACGCAGUACCUGGUGCCCCUAGUUUUCAAGAUCCAGCAAUUCCUACACCACCGUCAACCCGCUCUUUGAAAGAAUGGGCUGAGACACCACCUCUACCAAUUCCCCCGCCCCCACCGGAUAUACGACCUUUGGAGAAGUAUUGGGCAGCCCACCAACAGCUACGGGAAAUUGAUAUCCCUCAGCUGAGUCAGGCAUCAAGACUUAGCACCCAGCAGGUACUGGAUUGGUUUGACUCUCGAUUACCUGAGCCAGCUGAGGUGGUAGUUUGUCUAGAUGAAGAAGAGGAAGAGGAAGAAGAGGAACUGCCGGAAGAUGAGGAGGAAGAAGAAGAGGAAGAAGAUGAGGAGGAGGAGGAUUAUGUGAUCAUACAGGACUGAGCGAGGGAGGGAUUUUGGGAAGGAAAAGAUCUGUUACUAAAAGAUGAACCAAAUUUUAGUAACUUUAAGCAAAGAAACUACAUUUUUUUAAUUACCUUGUGGCAAAGAAUUUAAAAGCUUUUGUAUUCUUCAGGGUGGGUGAUGGGGUUGUAGUAAGUUGAGGGUGGACCAGGGAGGAUGAUCAUAGUACACAAAAUCAGGGAUUGGAUCAGCAAAUAAUCCAGUACUCUAGCCACAUGUAGAGGAGGCCAAGAACCUGGGCCAGGAAAUGUCUCCUGUUCUUGUAUAGGGUAUUCUUUUCCCAUAGUGUACUACAGAAAACUGACCUCAGCUACACAUACAUAGAAGGUCUGGAAAGAAGGGGUAAAGAAUUCUGAUUUAAUUAAUAAUUCUAAUGAAUCACCAAUCCCACCAUUUUCCCUGGAAUAUAAGGCUGUCUUGUACUGUUUCCUUCCUCUCUGAGCACAAAUUCUGUAAUAAUGCAGCUAAGAUUCUCAAUAGGUACCAGGCCUUGUCAGAAAUAUUCUCUCUUCUUAUAUCAAUUUGAUGGCUCUGUGUUUUACCUGCUUCAUCACUGAAUCACUGGUGGUAAAAAUGUUCUCAUUUUUGAUACUGGGACAACUUUGUCUUCUACCUUUUUAUCUUUACAAAAUCCCCUCUCUAUUAACUAUUUGUCUCAGGGUAAAUCUUUCCCACAGAGUUUGUAAAAAAGUUUUAAUAAUAGGUAGUGAAUAUUUAGUCUGGAUAUUUAUUGGAGGUGAGAAUUAGGAGAAGAUAUCCUUUAAAAAAGUAGAAUUACAUAAUAGAGUGAUGGAGAAGAGGGGAUGAUUUCUCCUGUUCAAAGGACGGAUGGUAGGAAGUUCCAGGUUUGGUUUUACAAACUUGACACAAGCUCCUCUCUAGUUUGACAAAGACUGAUUUUUCUUCUUUCCAACCCCCACCCCAACCUCCUUGGCUCAAUUUGCAUCCAAAGAGAAUUUUCCCUCUCUUAACUGAAUUAAUUAUUGAUGUUUUGGAAUGAUUUUCUUCAGUUGGGAUCAUAUACAAAGAAAAAGAUAUCAAUGGGUUAACUAUCUAAAAAUAAGAGUGGAAGCCCCAAAUUGUUAGAAUAAUAAUAAAAAGGCCAAAAAUAAAA